AUGGGGCCCAAAAAAGAAAGUGCGGAAGGGGGGAAAAAGAAAGGCAAGAAGGGGGAACCAUCGCCUAAUCCUGCAGAAGAGGUCAUCACGGAGGAGAUCCGCAAGUUUUAUCAAAUCCAGAUUGAAGACCUGGAGAAGCGGAUCCUUCUGUAUCAAAGGAAGUGGGAUGAGAUGGCGGUGAAGUAUAAACUCUUUCAGGAUCAGUAUGAACAGCUAGCUCAAAAUAAAAAGGAGAUUGUCGCCUUCCUCAAGAAUUCCCUCAACAAACGAGUGUUUGAGAUUACAGACCUCAAUGAACAGCUUCAGGGCUUGCAGGUCUCCAAAGAGAUGGAAAAGGAAGCCUUUGAGUCCCAGCUGGCCCAGGUGCGCCAUGAGUUCCAGGAGACCAAAGACCAGCUUGUCCAGGAGAAUAUCAUGCUGGGGAUGAGGCUGACUGCCCUAGAUGAUUACCGGAUCCAGAAGGAAGACCUCAUGGCCAAGUUUACCGUGCUGGAAGGACAACUCAAGAAGGAACAGGAGGAUUACAAAAAUUGGAUUUACGCCCUGGAGAAGGAUUCUGUGUUAGACAAAGACAGAAUGAAAAAGGAAAUAACCCAUCGAGUGAACAAGGUGGCAAUGGAGUUUCGCAAGGUGUCCGCUCUCCAGAUAGCUGAGACAACCAAGAAAGUAAUCCAGGAGAAUGUGGCAGUGACCACAGAGCUGGCUGAGAUGUCUGACCAAACCCUACAGCUCUGCAAUGAGAAUGAGGAGCUGAGAAUGGACACCAAGGAGAUGAGCAAACAGCUGGACUUGUUGGAGGACAACAAAAAGAUUAUGUCUGCUGUUAGGCUGAAUCGACUCAAGCUGAUAUGGUUUCUGGCUGAAAAGUGUGAGCAACAGCAGCAAAGGAUGGCAGAAUCUGAAAAGAUAAAAGCCGUCCUGGAGCAGUUAGAGGUGGCCUUCCAGCAACUACAGCAGGACAACCAUGACCUGAGGUACGAUUUGGAGCAGCUAAAGAAAGAGCUCAGGUUCUACCAGGCAGAUGGAAAGAGACUAGCAGCGCAGCUGGAAAAUGAGAAGACACGAAGUGAGAAGGUAGAGCAGGUGCUGGACCAAGCUACAUUCCUACUCCGGGAUUUGUUGAAGAUGCAACCCAAGCCCACUGUGGAAGGCCAGUUUGAUGUGAUCUUCCAGAUGGAGCAGAAGGAGUUGCUGCAACAGCUAAUGUCCUUGCUGAGUCACGCUGUGGUCCUGGGGCCACAUCUGACUGAGUUCAUGGGAGCCCGACAAAGAACUCACCCUUCCAAUACAGUGCAGGCGAGAUGCAAGGGCUUCAAGCCCCACAAGCGGAUGACCGUCAACAUGCCAUACAAGCUGUCGAGCAUAAGCGCAAUGUUCCAGCCAUCCCACACUCCCUUCAACCCAAAAGAUAUCCAAUUGCUAUCCAAAACCACUCGUCUCAGAAACUAUAAGGUAUCCGCUGCCCCUGAAGUAUUGGGGGUGGGAGCCUUCAGGGGGUGGGGAAGAAAAGGAUGGAAUAAAAUAGAAGAUAAUUCAGAUGAAUUUCUCUGAAUUUUCUGUUUUCAGAUUUCCUUUCCAGACUCCCUGAGUCGGUUCAAACUGCCUGCUAUCUCCUUGACCACAAGAAAAAAGAGUAAGGGGAAGAAAGUAAUCUUUUCUGCCUCUCCCAUACGACUAGAAUUGGCAGAAGUGGCCACAGAAGAGCAGCCAGAGGGAAAGGGGGCAAGGGAAGAAGCAGAGGAGGCAGGG